CUCCCUUCCCCGUGAUCCGCCACGUGGUGAGGCACGUGCCCGUGGGCGUGCCGCAGCCCUACCCCGUGCAGGUGAUCAAGCACGUGCCCGUGCAGGUGAUUAAGCACGUGCAGGUGCCCGUCCCAGUGCCCCAGCCCGUAGCCGUCCCAGUGCCACAGCCCGUUGCCGUCCCCGUGCCACAGCCCGUUGCAGUUGCUGCCCCAGCUCCAGUGGCCAUCUGCGGCCCCGGCGGUCUCGGCUGCGGCGGCGGUGGUCUGAUCGGCGGUGGCGCCCUCAUCGGCGGUGGCGGUGGCGCCCUGGUUGGCGGCGCCGGCCCAAUCCUUUCCGAUGGCGGCUAUGGCGGCGGUUUGGGUGGCGGUUAUGGCGGCGGAUACAAGAAGAAAUAA